AUGGUAACAGUUUCUGCUAUAGCGACAACAGGACAAGGUAUUAGACCGAUGCAAUCUAGCAGGCAAAGAAAAGGAGCAUAUUCUCGAGAUGCCAUAAUACUAGAUCCAUUAAACGACAAUGAUGCUAAAUUCAACGACAAGAAAUCUCGUAAACGAUGGUGGCAAUCGCUAACAUUGCAAAUUACCAUCGCAGUAUUCCUGAUCGCGUUAUUCGGGCUAUGGAUGCUGGGAAUAUUAAAUAUGGACGUUGUAAAUGGUAUUGGAAUACCUAAAUGGAAGAAGGACGGUGUACGUGAUGACACUGAUUCGUAUGAUGAAUGGGUCAAGAGGAGAAGAGCAUUACAAUCUGAUAUACCUGUGGAAGCUACUCCAUCACCAGAUAUCGUUGAACAAAGAGAUCAAUCAAGUCCAGCAAUAGCCGUAGUAGUAGAAAAGCCAUUAGUAGAAGAGCAGGAACCUCUGAUAGAGGCUGUAAUCGAUGCUAGUCAGAACGACACUGUGGAACGAUCACCCGAUGACCUGGCAAACAUAUCGUCAGCAAUCAGCAAUAGCACACGGCAUCGUAAACCGUCACAUGCCAAAACCGUAAAAACCGGAUACAACAAAUUUCACGUCGACGAAACAGACGUGACAUACGCUGUACGAUGGAAGGUAUUGCCUUCAUCAUCAGUAUGGUGUCGAGGUAGCUCACGAGUCGAUCGGAUAUGUCGAUUCAGGAAUGUAUGCUACCAUCCGAAACAAGAGUCAUGGUUUAUAGUAAAAACCGAUAGAACUAUAGAACAGAAUGUGCCUGCUCAACGAUACGUCGAAGGAUUGAUUGAGUUGACUACCAUUGUCAACCAUUCAGUGUUUUUCUGGACGUAUGAUGAAGCUAGUGCUGCUUCUCCGAAUCUACGUAAUGUCCGAGUACGAUAUGAGACGGAUCCGCAUUUCAUGUUUGCAAGACUGCAUCCGAAAAACAUUAUGCAUCAAUUGCAUGAUGAUGUGUUGGGAAUGUAUUUCUUGCUUAAGGAAUACGUAGGUGGUGGAUCUGCACAGCGGGAUAUGCCAUUUAGUCUUGACAGCCAUCGUAUCAUGCUCCUAGACAAUUAUGGAUUUACAGAUACCUCUCGAGUGCUACAAUACCUCGCCAACAAACCGCUCCGGUUUAAAGGAUAUCUCGAUCACGAACCAGAUGUAAUCACAUGCUUUAGAGAUGCCACGAUUGGAAUAAGUAAAGUCGCUAACUGGUACCAGUAUGGAUUUACUGAACCACAAGGCAAAAUAAGUAAUAAGAAUGUCAGUGGUCUCCAUGUCCGUGAAGUCGCUGAAUGGUAUAUAAAACGUAUUGGACUUGCACUGCAAUGGAAUGAACCUGGUCCUGAAGCUGUGCCUGAAAUGAUGUAUUCAAAUCAGUCUCAUAGUAAAAGUAAUGCUGUGACUGCAGGAUCACAGCCUCCGAAUCUAGAAGUUGGUGGAGUGCCUGCUGAUGCUCCUAUACCGAAUCCUAACGCACCUAAUAGUAGCGAUGUGGAACAGGAUGCUGGACACUCCUCAAACACAACUGUAAAUCUCUCAGCAAAUAGUACUAAUGACACUGACUCGCAACCAGACGUAAUUAUCAUAGUAUCAAGAACACUAAACCGUCUAAUCCUAAACGAAAAAGAACUGGCCACCAGCCUAUCACACGAAUUCAAACUUGAAACUCACUUCUUGAGAAUGGAGGAAAUGACUUUUGAGGAACAAAUCAAGCUGCUGAGACGAGCUCGGAUAGUACUGGGAAUGCAUGGAUCUGCAUUGAUUAUGGCCAUGUUUUGUAGGAGGGGGACUGUUGUCAUUGAAAUGUUUCCGUAUGCUGUUCCUCCUGAUGGGUAUACGCCGUAUCAGAGUAUGUGUGGGCUGCCUGGUAUGGAUCUUGUGUAUAGAGCUUGGGAGAACAAGCACGAAGACGCUUCGGUCGCAUACCCCAAACGACCACCACUAUAUGGUGGAAUAGCACACCUCUCUCCCGACGAACAAGAAAAGAUAUCCUCAAACACCCGAGUCCCAACCCACAUAUGCUGCUCAGACCCAUACUUUCUAUACCGCAUCUACCAAGACACUGUCGCAAACACCACCGAAAUAAUCCUUCAAGCACACGACGCUCUCCGCACAUCUAAAUCCCAGCCUGAAUACCACCCAAUACGACCUGAAUUCUCCGAGCUGCUACCACCAGCUGUGAAAACCUUCAGAUGCUUAAAUCAUACAAACCGUCCCGUUGGUGAAUUAUGGGCUGAGUGGGAUUUGCCGUGGAAUGGCGCGGUGGUUGAAAAGUGGAAUAUUCAUGUGCAGAAUAAUAAGGGGGAGUAUGUGUCGCAGGGUGCGAGUGUUGCUAUACCGGGGUUUAGUAGUGGGGAGGAGGUCAAGUUCUGGGUUAGGCCUAUUAGGGGGGAGUUUAUGGGUGAGUAUAGCAGGAAGGGGACUUGUGUUGUGUAA